AUGUUUAAGGCUUUUAGUUUAACUACUAGAAGAUAUUUAUCUCAAUUGUCCAUCAAUAAAAUUCCCAAGAUUGGCAAUGAAUCAGUUAAAGAGUUUAACUUGAAUUCACAAGAUUGGGAGUUAUUGAAAAAAUCAAUUUCUAAAUAUUCAUCUACCAAAGAAAUCCCAUUAGUUAUUAAUGGUGAAAAAAUUUUCAAAAAUGAAACCUUACCAAUGGUAAAUCCUGCUGAUACCAAACAAGUUCUUGCCAAUGUCUCACAAUCAUCUAAAGAAGAUGUUUUAAAAGCCAUUGAAGCUGCAAAACAACUGAAAUUAAAAUGGAUGCAAAUGUCCUGGUCUGACAGAUCAUCUAUCUUCUUAAAAGCUGCCGACUUGAUCUCCACCAAAUACAGAUAUGACAUGUUGGCUACUACUAUGUUAGGUCAAGGUAAAAAUGUUUAUCAAGCUGAAAUUGAUUCUGUUGCAGAAUUGAUUGAUUUUUUCAAAUUUAAUGUUAAAUAUGCUCAAGAAUUAUACCAACAACAGCCUGUGGAAACUUCCCCAGGAGUGUGGAAUAGAGCUGAAUACAGACCUUUAGAAGGUUUUGUUUAUGCUGUAACUCCAUUCAAUUUUACUGCUAUUGCUGGAAAUUUAGUAGGUGCUCCAGCUUUGAUGGGUAACACUGUUGUAUGGAAACCUUCAGCAUCUGCUGCUUUAUCCAACUAUUUGUUAUUGGAGAUCUUAGAAGAAGCUGGUUUACCAAAAGGGGUAGUCAAUUUCAUUCCAGGGGAGCCACAAAUGGUUACUGACUUGGUUUUAGAAGACGAAAAAUUCUCAGCUUUACAUUUCACCGGUUCAACUAAAGUUUUCAAAGAUUUAUACGUUAAGAUUUCUCAAAAUGUUGCUCAAGAUAAAUACAUUGAUUUCCCAAGAAUUGUGGGAGAAACGGGUGGUAAGAAUUUCCAUCUUAUUCAUUCAUCAGCUUCAGUUAAACAUGCCGCUUUAUCAACCUUAAGAGGUGCUUUCGAAUUCCAAGGACAAAAAUGUUCAGCCUUAUCCAGAUUAUAUGUUAGUGAAUCAGUUUGGCCAGAAUUCAAAGAUAUUUUGAUUAAUGAAAUGUCAACCAUCAAACAAGGUAAUGGAUUGAAUGAUUUUAUGGGUCCAGUUAUUCACCAACAAUCAUUUGAUAAAUUAUCCAAGGUUAUUGACGACGCCAAAGCCGAUGCUGAACUAGAAAUCUUAAGCGGUGGUGAAUAUGAUCAAUCUAAAGGAUUUUUUGUUAAACCUACUUUAAUUGAAUCCAAAAAUCCUAAUCAUGAUAAUUUCAAAAAUGAAUUCUUUGGUCCUAUUUUAACUGUUUACGUUUAUAAGGAUGCAGAAUUCUCAAAUAUCUUAUCAAGCAUUGACAGUAUCACCAAGUAUGGAUUAACCGGAGCUGUCUUUGCCAAUGAUAGGGAAGUUGUCAGAGAAGUUGAAGAAAAAUUACGCUAUUCAGCUGGUAACUUCUAUAUCAAUGAUAAAUCCACUGGUGCUGUUGUAGGACAACAAUGGUUUGGAGGUGCUAGAAUGUCUGGUACUAAUGACAAAGCUGGAAGUGGUAACAUUUUAAAUAGAUUUGUUUCAAUCAGAAACAUUAAAGAAAACUUCUACGAAUUAGGAGAUUAUAAAUAUCCAUCCAACAAUUAA